AUAUUUACCCAUGAUGUUACCAUGGUUUUACUAUAGUGCAUUAUGGUAACUAGCCCUGUGGGAUGGACUGGUGUCCCAUCCAUGGUGUAUUCCGAUCUCCCACCCAGUAUUCCUGGGAUGGACUCCGGAUCCACCUCGACCCCAACAACAAUAAAGUGCUUAUUAGAUAAAUUAAUUAAUUCAUCUUGAUUACAUAUUUACCCAUGGUUUUACUAUAGUGUAUUAUGGUAACCAGUCCUGUGUGAUGGACUGGUGUCCUAUCCAUGGUGUGUUCCCAUCUCGCACCCAGUAUUCCCGGGAUGGACUCCGGAUCCACCUCAACCCUGACCUUGAUAACCGAAUAUAAACGAACGAAUGAUGGGAGCUAUGCUUAUGAUAUACAUGAUACAUACUAUGGUGCUUCAUUAGUUUGUAAAAGUGCAAAGUGUUUAUAAACUGAUGCAUAAGUGUUAUUAAGGUGCUAGAGCAAUGCAACUGAUUUAUUUCUAGAAGAUUCAUCAGGACACAUUAAUUCUGUCUUGACCUGCCCUGCAUGCAGCAAAGCAAGACCUAAAGACAUUUUUGCCUAUUAAGGUAAAUAUCUUUGCCUGCAAUCAAGGAAAAGGGAUCAGUUUCUCUUCCUUCUCUUCAAUGUCCAUAUCUGCUAGCUUCAUUAACAUGAAUACACUUGCUAAUGAAUUGUCUUUUUAUGUUCUUGUUCCUCGGUUUCGUUUUAUGGAAGAGGGAAAUGUGCCUACAUGGCGACUCGGGGACACAAAAACCUAAGAAAGUUUUAUUUUAUUGUAUUUUAACGUGUUCUUUAAUAUUUGUGAAAGUAUAAAAUACCAAAAAUGGAAGGCAAAUACCCGGAUGGACCUUUUAAACGCGUUAGGACUUAAAAUGCGCGUGAAUAGAAUUUAAAUUCAAAAUGCUCCUAAGCUCCUCGUGCCAGAUUUAAAAAAAAAAAAAAAACACGGUCGUUUUUAACGGUCGCUUUUUAACUAUAGAUUUAGGCUAAUACCAUGAUACUAAUCAAAGGCCUAUAAAUUAUUAUUAUUAAUCAUAAUAAUUGUUAUGAUUAAUAAAUCAUUUUCCUAAACCAGUCAAUGUUUUCCAGAUAUGACAUAAAUUCAUUCCUUGUUUGUUUGAAUCCUGGGCCGUGGUGCUAGCCUACAGCAGGACAUGUUAAAAUUACAGUGGCCUGUUUUCACUCAAGCCCAAAAUGGCGUUUAAAGCUGCCAAACGACAAGAUAUAUAAUUGAAACACUGCACCCGUGACAUGGUGUCGUUUCUGAUCAGUCGGUAUUACGACGUUAUCACGGUGUAACUAGCUCGUAUGGCGGGUGCUUGUGGCCGAAGGGUUUGGCGAGUCUAGCCUGUCUGAAAUGGAGGAAGUUUAAACUGCAGUGUCUUUUGUUAGGACGAGGAAAUACGGCGCUGAGGGCUUUCAAAACCUUGAAGAAGAACCUUAAAACCGACACUUUCCUGCUCAAUGACUACAUUACAGUCUGACACAUGGAUACUAAGAAGGAAGGAAGAGUUAAAUUGUUACUGAGAGUAUAUUUCCCCGGGAUACUAUGUGUAUUAUGGAGCGUUUUGUAGACUGGGGGUUGGGUGGCACUGCCGGUCGGUCUCUCUCUCUCUCUCUCUCUCUCUGUCUCUCUCUCUGUCUCUCUCUCCCUCUCUCACCACAGCACACACACACACACACACACACACACACGCUAGGCAGUCAAGGCUUUUGCUUUAACAUGACCAGGGCCACGAUCAAAACAAGCCAUGCAUUUCCAUGCAAAACGUGCUUCCGACCCGCUCACGUUUUGCACCGUCUAGAUGACUCGGUUAAAGCAAGCGAGGCACUGACUUCUUAUUUUCUACCGUCAAUGAACUAAUCUCGUUACAUUUCUGGGUUUUUUUUUAAGAGUAAAGCGCGAUACUAGAGUAGAAAUGAAAGCCGAGUCCUGGCCUAACGCUGUUAGUAGUGCCGCUUUCUGCAGAUCCGGCUUUCACAAAUCGCCAAAAAGUGACUCCUCGCCUUCCCCAGUGACCGGAUACCGGAUGGUUUUGUCUUGACCGAGCCGUAAAUGGACGAAGCCAUGCCAACAUGAAUCAGUCGUAUAAAGCGGGCACCAAGGACGGCUCGGAUUGUCGCCCGGGCCCGCACUGUCCGCAGGUCACUUCCUGUGGGCUCCAGCAUGGCGCAAAGCACUCAUCCUUGUUUGGAUACAGCCAAAGGGAAUCAUCCUCCAGCUACAGUCCACUCAGGAGGCUGCAGGAUCUGACGGCUAUGGUGAGCAGGCCCGAAAUGAGCUUGCAGGACAGGGACUUCCACAGGCGAGCUAAGCCACACGUGCACAGCUCAGAGUUUGGCCUCGGCCUUGUCCACUCGUCCCAGUCCUUCAGUCGCGGUGCUGAUGAUGGCGUGUUCAGAAAUGUCCAGAAUCUGGACAAGAAUGGCUUUUCCCCUGUGAGCUCGGACAGCCUGGAGCACAUCUCCCCAAUCCCCAAUGGAUUCCUACAUUUUGAAUCAAGCCUCUUUGACAGUGGGGACAGUAAGGAUGACCAUGAGGAAGAGGAGCGUGUGGCGCCGUUCAAACCUUCAGCCAAAAAAUGCCAGAAAAGGGACUCUGCGAGUGCAAAGAGCUUCUCUGGUUCAGGGCUAAACCUAAGCUUGAACAGACAUGAACGUUUUGAUCCAGUUUCUAAAAGUACUCCACAGCCAGCACCAGACCCUUCUCCAAGUCCACCUCCGCUGCCUGUUGAAGUCAUGCUAAGGGAUUUUGACAGUUCGGAUGGCUACUCGGAUAGUGAUUGUGACCUUCCGAGCACUGAAAACUGCGCAUCGAUGUUCAGCGUAGGCCUUUCUCAAAGGCCAAGCUCACCUAGCAGCACCUACUCAGAUCCUUCCGACAGCCCAAAGAAGAAGCCUCUUCCAGAAGUGAAGUUUACCGUGGGUGAUGUGGUGUGGGCCAAGUUUAACCGCAGGCCUUGGUGGCCCUGUCGCAUUUCCAUAGACCCCCUGAGUGAGAGCCACACCAGGAUGAAAGAGCCCAGCAGCAGGCCGUGUCGAAUGUAUUUCGUCAGGACGUUUGGGGAGAUCGUGGACCAAGCAUGGGUUUCUGGGAAAUCCACAUAUGCUUUUGAAGGAGGCCAGCAGUUUGAGAAACUUCCUGUGCUCAGGCGACAAGGCAGACAGAGAGACAAGGGUUACAAAUGCAUGGUUCCAAAGCGCUUGAUGCCUCUGUGGAAAGCCAGUGUGCUGGAGGCGGAGGCAGCUCUGCCAGAGUACCUCAGGAGUAAACUACAACUUCCCUCAGUCAGAGAGAUACACUCUCCCAUUAUGGAGGAGAGGACGUCCAUCUCUCCGACCUUCUCCAACCUUCAUCUGUCCUCACAGAGUCCAGUUUUCUCCAACGGAUACAAUCUUCCCAUCGUUGGUUUGCCCAAAACUAAGGAGGGAAUCAAAAAGAAAUCAUCUGCUAAAAAGAAAAACAGCUCAUUGCUGAAAAGCCCUGUUAAAAGCAAAGAAGAAUUGUUUUCCAAGCUGAUGUCAAGCCCCACAUUGGACAUUUGUAAACCUCAUGCUGCUCCAGCAAAUGAUCCGGCGUCUGACUCCAGGGAUUGCCCUUACUCUGACAUUGAUUCGGUUCCCAGGAUACUGUGUCCCAAACGCUCAGAAGAGCCACUCAAAGGGGGGUCGGAUAAAGAACUCUGUGCUGAACCAAAGGCACAACUUGCAAGUAAAAAAGUGAAAAGAGUUCGCAAGACGGAGAAAGAAACAGUGUCUUUGAUGAAAAACAAGCUGAACAACAAGUCUACAAUCAGAAACAAAAGGUACGCCACUGCGAAUGGCAGGCGCUUGGGUAGCACCUCCCCAGGAUUAUCAGAUGGCACAUUUGAGAUGCACUCUUUCUACUUGCCGGCAAGUUGCAAGCUCAUGUCCCGAGCCCUCGCAAACUACGAAGAAUCUGAAGAGAAGGAUGAUCUUGACUCUAGCCGUGAAUCCCGGUCAUCUUCUCCAACUCUAUCUGAUGAACAUGAUUCGUUUUCUCCCAUCCUGGAUUUGUCAGAGAGCACAGACCACCAAUGGCAAGUGAAAACAGAACCCAUAGCUGAUCUGACACACUCAAUGUCUCAGCGCUGCGGAGGCUCCCCAAACCCGACUUUGCUCAAGUUAAGGAGAAUCCGGUCCAGCAAGGAGCCCUCCCAGAAUGGGUCUCAACUAAAAAGUAAAGAUUCCACUGUCAGGCCUGCAGAAUUGCCAGUCACUGGUUUAAAAACCAAGAAAGAAUCAAGCAUUUCAUGUUCCUCCUCCUCCUCUGUUUCAUCCCCAUCACCUUCACCCUUUGAGGCUUUCCGGGAGCCUAAAGACCUCUCUUUACAUUCUCUGGUGAAAGACGACUGUGGUUCGGAUGAUCACAACACCAAGUACAAAUUUACCACCUACCUUAUGUUGUUGAAGGACUUACAUGACACCCGGGAGAAGGAGGGAAGGCCACUGACGCUUCCUCCCACCUCUCCAUCUGCCCUUAUCAAGCAAGAACCCUCACUGGUUCCCACACAGCCCCACCCUGAACCCACAACUCCCAACACAGUUCACAAGAAUGAUCGUCAGACUCCUGGGGUACAGAACGGGCCGCAGGGGAAAACCACAGACAGCCUGAAGCCAAAUAAAUCUAAACCUAAGUCCACAGGAAAAAAGGAGGCUCAGAAACAUGAUGGCGUCAACAAUUUGCUUCCUCUGGUUUCAGACCUUAAGAAACAGAACUCGCUAGAUGUGGUUGAUGUGAGAGCGGCUCCAGCUGAGAAGCUCUCAAAGUCCCAGUCAGAUUCUGGCCUUGAUAGCAGUGGGAAGGGCGUGAUGUCGGCGGUGGCACCAAAAAAGCGCUGGCAGACGUUCGAUGCUGAGAUUGAGGACAGGGCAAAACCAAAGAGUGAUCAGAGCAGCGUGCUUGAGCAGGACAGGAUCAUGCCUCCUGCCAGACUCAAUGGAAUAUAUGAGGAGAGCCGCCAAAGCCCUCAGGUCAAUGCUACGGAGAGGAAGGAUAGCUGUGAGAGCAAAAGACUUCGGAAGCCAAGCAAGAGGCUGCUCGAGUGGAGCGAGGAGUAUGAACAAAUCUUCACUUCAAAGAAGAAAACUAAGAAAACCCUUGAGUCCUCCAAAACAACGUCUUCGAUUAAUAACACUAAUGUUGGUGAGCAGACCCUGAAACCUCCACUGGCUGACGGUGUGAGCUCAGCUGCAGGUCAGCUGUCGGAGACUUGGAUAACGGAACCAUCACAGCACGAACGGCAGCUUACUCGAGAUGAAGCAGACAACAUUUUUCCUUCACCACCUUUAUCAACGCCCCAUAAAGCUCCCGUGGUCGAGGCAGAAUCGGUUGAAAAGAAAACAGCAUCUUCAGAAAGAAAAAGGCCAAGGAAGCCCACGCAGAAAGUCCUGGACUCUGCUUUUGAGGACGAGAUUCUCAGGAUCCCAAAGAAGAAGGAGUCUAAGCAACAGGGUCAAUGGUCAGAGGAAGCAGUGGUCAAAGAUGUUCAGAAAAAUGAAGUGCCUGGAACCACUCUGUCCGGCCCUCCUUCUAAAUCAGGUAUAACACCCAGACCGGGUGAUGCACAGACGCCCUUAAAGCAGCCCGCAACGCCCAGCGUCUUCCAGAGCCACAUCCCAGGAGAGAACUGCAGUCCAGCUGAGCCUAAAACAGCCGAGCAGAAUCCAUGCGACAACCCAGGACCUUUAAACACAGAGGUGUUUGGUCCAGCACUGAAUGAGAGCGCCGUCCAGGCCAGAGACUCUUUAACUGCUGAAACAAGUCUGUCUAACAGUAAAAAGGUAUCAGAGAAAGGAGGAGGCGCCUCACUGAAGGAGAAUGUGUGUCAGGUGUGUGAGAAGACAGGCGAGUUGCUGCUGUGUGAGGGACAGUGCUGUGGAGCUUUUCACCUACAGUGUAUCGGCCUCAGCGAGACCCCCAGAGGACGCUUUAUCUGCCAGGAGUGCACUAAAGGCGUGCACACAUGUUUUGUGUGCAAGAAACCAGACGAGGAUGUCCGACGCUGUAUGAUCCCGGUGUGUGGGAAGUUCUACCACAUGGAGUGUAUAAUAAAAUUCGCCCCCACGACUCAACAGAACCGAGGCUUCCGCUGCUCUCUUCAUGUCUGUCUGUCCUGCUACAUCACCAACCCCACAAACCCCUCCAGCUCCAAGGGUCGCCUGACCCGCUGUGUGCGCUGUCCAGUGGCGUAUCACGCAAAUGACUACUGUAUGGCCGCCGGCAGUGUUCCGCUGGCCAACAACAGCUUCCUGUGUCCCAACCAUUUCACCCCCCGCAAAGGCUGCAAGAACCACGAGCACAUCAACGUCAGCUGGUGCUUCGUCUGCUCUGAAGGAGGAAGUUUGCUGUGCUGCGAGUCCUGUCCUGCUGCCUUCCAUCGCGAGUGUCUGAACAUCGAGAUGCCCAAAGAGAGCUGGUACUGCAACGACUGUCGCGCAGGCAAGAAACCCCACUACAAGGAUAUCCUGUGGGUGAAAGUGGGCCGCUACAGGUGGUGGCCAGCAGAGGUGACUCAACCCAAGAACGUACCCGAGAAGAUCUCGCGCAUGAGGCACGAGGUAGGCGAGUUCCCCGUACACUUUUUUGGCUCCAAGGACUACGUGUGGACGUACCAGGCCCGCUGCUUUCCCUAUAUGGAGGGCGACGCCCACAACAAGGAGAAAAUGGGCAAAGGCACAGAUGCUGUCUACAAGAAAGCUUUAAACGAGGCAGCUGAGCGAUUCCGAGAGCUCCAGGCGGAGAAGGAGAUGAGGCAGCUUCAGGAAGAUAGGAAGAACGACAAAAAGCCUCCACCAUACAGACACAUUAAGGUGAACCGACCAGUAGGGAAGGUGCAGAUCGUGACUGCGGACCUGUCGGAGAUCCCGCGCUGUAACUGCAAGGCCACAGACGAGAACCCAUGCGGCAUAGACUCAGAGUGUAUCAACCGCAUGCUGAUGUACGAGUGCCACCCGCAGGUGUGUGCGGCAGGAGAGAGGUGCCAGAACCAGUGCUUUACCAAACGCGAGUACACUCCAGUGGAGAUCUUCAGAACACUGUCACGUGGCUGGGGGCUCCGUAGCAUCAAUGACAUCAAGAAGGGUGCGUUUGUGAGCGAGUACGUGGGCGAGGUGAUCGAUGAGGAGGAGUGUCGCGCCAGGAUCAAACAUGCGCAGGAGAACAACAUCAGCAACUUCUACAUGCUCACGCUGGAUAAGGACCGCAUCAUUGACGCAGGACCGAAGGGAAACCAGGCACGCUUCAUGAACCACUGCUGCCAGCCCAACUGUGAGACUCAGAAAUGGACAGUGAAUGGGGACACGCGAGUCGGGCUCUUCGCCCUCGUGGACAUUCCUGCAGGUGUGGAGCUCACCUUCAACUAUAACCUGGAGUGUCUGGGUAACGGCAAGACGGUGUGUAAAUGCGGAGCGCCAAACUGCAGCGGCUUCCUGGGUGUUCGACCGAAGAAUCAGCCCCCGUCGGAGGACAAGGCCCGUAAAGGGAAGAAGAAAAUGUCUGCAAAGAGGAAGAGCCAGCUGCAGGUGGUGAAGGAGCGUGAGGAUGAAUGUUUCUACUGCGGAGACGGCGGGCAAAUUAUCUCCUGUAAGAAACCCGGCUGCCCCAAAGUUUACCACGCCGACUGUCUCAACCUGUCCAAGAGACCCGCAGGUCGCUGGGAGUGCCCGUGGCACCAGUGUAACGAGUGUGGCAAGGAGGCGGCAUCGUUCUGCGAGAUGUGCCCCAGCUCGUACUGCAAGCAGCAUCGUGACGGCAUGCUCUUCAUCUCCAAGUUGGACGGCAAGCUCUCGUGCAGCGAGCACGACCCGUGUGGCCCCGACCCCCUGGAACCUGGAGAGAUUCGCGAGUACACCCCGGGAAUGCCUGUCUUAUCCGCGCUACCCAGCGUAGCCAAGUGCAGGUUAACUCCGCCCACCAGUGAGCUCUACAUCCCUCCCGCCCCCAGGAGAGCGCCCUACAGCAGCCAGCGAGUACCCUUUGAGGAUGACGUAGUGUUGGACGAAGACCUGCUUCCUGCCUCUUCUCUGUCUAAAGAGGUGAAAGAUGACGUCGUGGCCGAGGUAGAGGAUGGAGAGGUGGUGGAAGGGCUGAUUGGGGGUGAGGAUAUGGGACUCGAGAUCAUAGAAGACGAAGAUGAGGACGGGGAGGUGGACUACGAUGAAUUCGAAGAUGAGGACGAAGAGGAGGAAUUUGAAAAGGAGUGGGAUGAGGACGAGUGGGAUGACGACAGUUGCGUGGAUGAAGACUUUGACGCUGAAGGUUUAGUGGACGAGUCAUAUAGGGGGAAGUGAGCAAUUUGUGUUUACUAUCCACAAAUCCAUCCAUCCGUUCAUCCAUCCAUUCAUCCAUCACGCACUCGCUCGCUAGACGGUCUCAGUCAUUGGGCAGCGAGAUAGGCAAAGUUCCAUCUCUCCGUUCGUUACGCUUUGUAGCCUGUAGGAAUGAAGCAGGGAAUCUGAUCUCAGAUCAGCGCUCUUAUCUGGAGGGGCUCAGAGAUCAGCUAGUGCGCGCUCAGCUGGAUGCAAAGCAGCUCUUUUUGACUCUAACGGACUUGGGCAACAUGCUGAGAUUAAAAAAGAGGUCAGCUUGCCUUCUCUAACCAAGUCCACUUUGACAAAGGGGACUGGAAAAAUAAAGUGGUGCUGUGGACCUUUGGCUGUUCAGUCAGAAGUCCUGUAUUGGGUAUAAAGUUACUGUCUGGUGCUUCUUUGUGUUUCUUUUUGUUUUGUCAUCUCCACCUACUGUUUACAUUUUUAUCUUUGGCAAACCAUGGACGGGGAUGGAACAAUGGAAGACAUCUGGUAAGCUCGAAGUGGGGCAGCAACACUUGUCAAGAUGACUCCAAGUCUUUAAGAACACAUGAAUCUAAAAAAAACUGGACUUUUAAAUGGAUAACACUGGUUCUGAUUACAUAGAUUGGUGUUUGGGUCAAAUUAGUUAAUUAGUUUCUCAGUUCUUCCAUAAAAAAACAGAUUCUGUAAAAAGUGAGCCUUGGCCCAGUUGUGGUUAUUUAAGGAUACCAGGUGGUACCAGGAAACCUUUAGAGCCAGGAAGGUCAUAUUAGUGAUGAACAAAUCUUGGAAGUUAUAGCUUGACAGAUUUAAAUAACUCGUUCAGAAUCGAGACUCUGGUAGUCAAAUCCCACUUGUGUGUACGCUGUAACUGGACCACCGCUGUAACUGGACCACCGCACCACUCAGCCAGUUAGUAGCUGUACUAAAUUAUAAUUCUCCACUUCAAAUUAUGUUUGAGAUGGAAUCAGGUGUUUGUCCUGCUGAGUUAGAAUGAAAACCUGCAGCCACCUGGGUGAAAUUCAGAUAAGACUGAUGAUCCUUGAUCUCAGUGAUGCACUUUUGGAUAUUGACCAUGCUUUCGUAUAAUUAGUAGGCUGGUUCUGUGUGUCCCAUUCAGAAUUUGGUGACAAUAAAUUUCAUUAGAAGAAGCAUUUGGCAAUCACAAGCCCUAACAGUGGAUAAAAAAAAAAACGUGAUCAAGAGUACAUUAACAGUUUAACUGCAUCACACCAAACAGGAUUUUCAGUGACUUAAUCCCCACUCGUGAAUUUCGACUUUAAGAGGUAGAGUAGAGAGUUGGAAAAGAACUGCCUUCUGUGGUGGAGACGACAGCAAAACAAACCGAAAUGACCAGAACUACAGUUUUACUUUGAGCUUUAUUAUGACAUUCCAGGCAUCGGGUAUGAUUUCUGUGCUGCACGUUGUAGGAGAGACAUGUUCAUUUGUACGUACGCCUUUAUCUAAGGUAACUAACUGCUGUCGAAAUAAACUUUACACACCUCGACUCAGUCAGGAUUCGUGAAAGCGGUUCAGUGCAUGGACUUUUAAACGAAAUACUACUCUUCAAUUCUACAAUUCUAAUCUUCAGUUCUUAUUUUUAUAUUGUUUGGUUUGUCUAUUUAAUUACUCAAAACUAAUAGUAUACUCAUGACACUGAAUUCAGUGAAUGCAGAGAGCCUCAGUGAAAACAUUUCAAGAAAUAUCCUCAAAAACGAUUCUUCAGAGGGUUUUGAGGGUUUUUGCAAAAAUGAUCCGUGCCGAACUCCAGUCAUGGACUGUACAGCCAUACGUGAAAAAAACUAGUUAACGUGUGGGUUACGAUUGAAAAGGUUUUUUUUUGUUUGUUUGUUUUAAGAAACACUGUAAAGCAAACUUAGGUGGAAUUUUUCUUUAAAGUACCCUUGUGCUUCCUCCUCUGCAGGGUAUGCUCUUUUUCUGAUUAUUGUAGAUUUGUCUUUGCCUGUACAAUGAACUUUUUUUGUUGUUGAAAGACUGCAAUGCAGAAAUUUGGACCUAAAAAAACGCGCCAAAAAAAAAAAAAAACCCAAGCUCACGUUUUAUCAAAUGUUUUCACACUGGUUUCAAUUGUUUCCUCAUUUUCCAGUGUUUAACAAAAUAUUAUUCCAUUACGCUCAAUAUCUCAGUGGUUUCUGUAACAAGACUGACGUAGUUCUGAUGUUCAAAUGUCUUAUCGUGAGAUAGGAAAGGAUUAGACAGUAAUUUAUGCUUUCAGUAGGCCUUUAAUACAGAGCAGGAAGCAUGAGUUUAAAAAAAAAAAACGGAAAUACUUCUGAAAUCUGAAAUGCUGACACAGCUAACACAACAAAAGCUAGCGGGAAAGUUAGCAGUUAGCAUUUGAUCGACGGAUUUCUACAUUAGCGAUAGCCUCGUCAGAUAUUUUGAUAAAUCUUGAAUCCAGCAUAGUAAUACAUCCACUAGACGGUAACAGGUUUGUGCCUUUUGUAUCGUUAGCUUAGAAGGCGUACCUCAAGGGGCUACAUCAAGUCCUCGUGGACAUUCUGAAUCUUGUUCCCCAAACGUUAGAUAAUUAAACAGUCAUUAUAUGUGGUUUGUAUAUUGGACAUGUGAUUUAUUUUUUAUCCGAUCCAACAGACUGGAAUGAGAAAACUUCCCGACUAGUGAUUUACCCAGCGCAAGCGAGAGACUGCUGUUCCAAAUGAAGGACCCUCAUGUUUUAUUAUUGUUUGAACAAUGUUUUGGCCUUACAAUCAUUCUCUUUUGAUAUCCACUGAAUGUUAAAGAUUCUGCCCCACUUGUUUUCGUUCUUUUUGUUGUAAGCUUUGCAGCAGCCAUCUUUCUUGUCAAAAAAAGCAUGUUUGCUUUCCUUUAGUCUCUUCAUAUUUAUGGACUUUGUAGAAUCAGUUCUCACUGUUUUACACUUUUGUCAUACAUUUCUGUGUGUGCGCGUGUGCGUGAGUGUGUGUGCGUAUGUGUGUUUUUGUAUGGCGUGUUAGUUGCCGAAUCCGAGUGUGCUUUGGUGCUGCAGAGAAGACGAAACACACACCGGUUUGGUCUGGGGAAAAGUGGGGCAAAGUCGUUGCUGCCAUGUUAGAAUCCUCUUCAACUGUACUGUACUCCUUUGUGUAUAUGAAAAUAUUAUAAGUAAAGUUUUACAGUAGAGACA